GAAACAGGAGUGGGCGUUGCACCGUGCGUAAGUAGGAAAUGAAAUCGUUUGUUGCUGUAGUUCGUAAUGGCGGAGCUAAAAGAGGCAGAAGCUACUCAGCUACACCAGGAGGACGUUGACAGGAAAGGUUGUGAUGGUGGAAACGCAUCAUCAACUGGUGACCAAGUCACCAAACAGGAAACGGAGAACGACCUUGCUGCAGAUAAUGAUGUCAAGCCCUCCACUACAACCAUUGAGAGACACAUCUCUAUUCAAACCACAUUGGACGGUCUCGAGUCCCUGGUGGACCUAAACGGAGCGGGACGUAAAGCAUGUCCUCUGUGUCCAGAGGAGAAGUUUAAAGCCUGUUACAGUCACAAACUCCGACGACACCUGCAGAACCUCCACUGGAAAGUCUUUGUGGAGUUUGAAGGUCAGAAGAUGUGCAUCUGUCACCUGCCCUGCAGAAACCUGAAGCCCAGCCUGAGUGGAGACCAGGCUUCAGGACGACAUGUGGCUCAUUACCACUGUGUGGUUUGUUCUGUCACCAUCGCCCGAAAGACUGACAUGGUCAGCCACCUCAAACGCCACAUCAACAAAGGAGAGACGGAGGCCAGUUACUCUGGGAGCUCUGACACGACGUGUGAAGAACCAGCUCCUUCGGGUCAGGCCUUUGAAAUCAUGAAAGAACUUGGAACAAAUGUCCAGCUCCUCCCCAACUACACCACCGUCCAGAAAAGUGACACUUAUUUCAACCGUAAGAUGAAGUCCAACAGGCAGCUGGUGUUCUGUUCACUGGCUGUUCUGGCUGAAGAGCGCAACCCAGUGGAGUGUCUGGAUGCGUUUGGAGCCACAGGAAUAACAGGCCUCCAGUGGGCGAAACACCUUCGCAGCAGCGUCAGAGUGACCAUCACUGACAUCAAUGAGACUUGUGUCAAAAUGAUCAGAGAAAAUUGCGAGUUGAACAACAUCAGAGUGGAUACAGGGUCACGGGGCCCCCGGGGGCCUGAGGGUGUAGGCAGUGAUGCAGAUGGGUCCCCCAUUGCUGCAGUGGAGGUUGCCAAGAUGGAUGCUAACGUCAUUAUGCACCUUCGGCCUUUUGACUACAUUCACCUGGAUCCCUUUGGGACAGCCGUGAAUUAUCUAGACGCUGCCUUUAGAAAUGUCCGCAACCUGGGCAUCGUGUCGGUGACAUCCACAGACACCAGCUCACUGUACUCCAAGUAUCCCAACGUCACCCUGCGCCACUACGGCUGCAAUAUCGUACGCACCGAGUAUUACAAAGAACUGGCUGCACGCAUGGUUGUCACCUCAGUGGCCAGGGCAGCAGCUCGCUGCAACAAAGGCAUCGAGGUGCUGCUGGCCGUGGCGCUGGAGCACUUUGUCCUGGUGGUGGUGAGAGUCCUCAGGGGCCCCACUCAGGCUGACGAGUCAGUGAAGAAGAUGAGAAAUCUGGUUCAUUGUCAGUGGUGUGAGGAGAGAGUCUUCCUGAAGCACAGCAACAUGGUGGAUGACACACUGCCCUGUACCUGUCAUGGAAGUCUGCCUGGGAAGACGGCGGUGCAGCUGGGACCCAUAUGGUCUGGAUCUCUGUUCAACAUAGGCUUCCUCAGGAGGAUGCUGGUGGCUGCAGUGAAGCACAGCAUGGAUGACAUCCAGCCUCUCAUUAAGACUCUGAUCUGUGAGUCUGAGUGCACCACGCUCAAAGCUCUGGUCCACGGGCCGUCUGUUCUCACCAACCAGGUGGAGUGUGGCGUGGUCAUUAAGACCUUACAGAGUGGAGAGGAGUCAGCUGAUCAGUCAGGUAAAAGAAAGAGUGGAGAGGAUUCUGGGAACAUUCUGAAGAAACUGAAGUCAGAUGCGUCCCUGGAACAUCCACCGUUCUACUACAGCAUCCACCGUCACAGCAUCCGAGGCAUGAACAUGCCCAAGUUGAACAAGUUCCUUCAGUACCUGACGGAGGCGGGGUUCAGGGUGGCUCGCACGCACUUUGACCCCACAGGAGUACGGACCGACGCACGGCUGGAGCAGUUCAAGGCCGUCCUCACCAAGUACAGCGUCCCCACCAACACCAGCGCCGCCACCAGCACCUCUCAGACCAGUGGCAGGGUGGAGGGCGUGGCCUGAGGGAAACCAGGAAUGAUGCUGUGGAAUUCUGGGAUUCCUGUGACUCUGCUCUGUGUCAGGUUUAAAACAAAGAGAUUUAUUUGUUAAUCAAAGCUCAACUCUGAGCACAGUUUAUCUGACACAUUUAUUUAUUUCACUUUCUUUUCGGUCCCAGGGAUGAAACAUUUUGUCAGUGUUUCAGUGUUAACGUGGUUUUGUUUCAUUGUGUCUGUGUUUCUGCCUUAAUAAAUAAAUUAACAUUUGUGCAAAAACUGAA